AUGGCUAAGGAUUUUUCACAAGAAGCUGGUUUAGAUUAUUCUGAGACUUUCAGCCCUGUCGUUAAGCCUUCUAUAGUUCGAUUAGUUCUCGCUCUUUCUGCUACUUUUGGAUGGCAAUUACAACAACUUGAUGUGAAGAAUGCCUUUCUUCAUGGCAUUCUUCAUGAGGAAGUAUAUAUGUCUCAACCCCUUGGAUUUAUUGAUUCUGAAAAUCCAAAUCUUGUGUGUAAGUUGCACAAGUCCCUUUAUGGCCUCAAGCAAGCUCCUCGAGCUUGGAAUGACAGAUUCACUCAAUUUCUUCCCUCUCUUGGCUUUAAGGCUUCUCAUGCUGACCCUUCUCUUUUUGUCCUCAAGGAGGCUGAUUCUUUAGUCUUUCUCUUGUUAUACGUAGAUGAUAUCAUCAUCACUGGCUCUCAUUCUACUGUUAUUCAAAUGGUUAUUGAUCAACUUUCGAAGGAAUUUGAUAUGAAGCAUCUUGGAGCCCUUCAUUACUUUCUUGGUCUUCAAAUUCAGUAUCCAUCUAAUGGCAUUUUUAUUCAUCAGUCUAAAUAUAUUCAUCAUGUGCUUAUGAAAGCUAAUCUUUUGGAUUGCAAGCCUUGUGUUAUGCCUUAUCAUCCCAAUCAUAAGUUGCUCAAAGACGACAAUUUUCCUUACUCAGAUCCUGCUCAUUUUCAUAGCAUUGUUGGUGCCCUUCAAUAUCUCACAUUCACGCGUCCAAACAUUGCCUAUGUUGUGCAUCAAGUGUGUCAGUUCAUGCAUUCUCCUUUGGAUACUCAUUACCUUGCUGUUAAACGUAUUCUUCGAUAUCUCAAGGGUACUAUUGGUCAUGGGUUGCUGUACAAGAAAGGCUCUUUGGAUCUGACUGCUUACACUGACGCAAAUUGGGCUUGUGAUCCCAAUUAUUGUCGAUCCACAACUGAUUUUGUUGUCUUCUUAGGUUCUAAUCCUGUUUCUUGGUCCUCAAAGAAGCAACAGUCUGUUUAUCGAUCCUCAACUGAAGUUGAGUAUCGUGUUAUGGCUGUGACUGCAGCUGAGGUUGUAUGGUUACAUUAG